AUGAAUGGCAUCAACGGUAUUGCGGCUCCUCCUGGCCUGUGGUCCGAAGCCCGCAAUGCUGAAGGUCGUGUCUACUAUUACAACACCGUGACCAAGGCGACGCAAUGGACGAAGCCGGCAGAUUUGAUGACCCCAGCUGAGCGAGCUCUAGCAAAUCAGCCAUGGAAAGAAUACACUGCGGAAGGGGGAAGGAAAUAUUGGUACAAUACCGAAUCGAAGCAGAGCUCAUGGGAGAUUCCAGAAGUAUACAAAGAUGCUCUCGCCCAGACCGCUCCUACUCCGAAACUGUCAAUGCCAGCUCCUCAGUUCGUCGCUGGUGGUACAUCUUCCUUUUCUUCGUAUCCUCAGCAGCGCGAUAGAGACGAUUACGGUGAGCGCGCUGGGCCGGAUAGACAGAUAGGCUACGGACAAACAGAUCUCAAUGGUUCAAAGGGGCCAACUUUGGCAGCACAAAAUGAACCAGAGUAUUCGACGUUUGAGGAAGCUGAAGCCGCAUUUAUAAAACUCCUUCGAAGAGCAAAUGUACAGCCAGACUGGACGUGGGAGCAGACUAUGCGAGCAACCAUCAAAGACCCCCAAUAUCGUGCCCUAAAGGAUCCCAAAGACCGCAAGGCGGCGUUCGAGAAAUACGCAGUCGAAGUCCGAAUGCAGGAGAAAGAUCGUGCGAAAGAGAGGUUGGCCAAGCUGCGCGCAGACUUCGGUACUAUGCUGCGGAGUCAUCCAGAGAUCAAGCACUACACUCGAUGGAAGACGGCGCGUCCAAUCAUUGAGGGUGAGACAAUCUUCAGGUCCACAAACGAUGAUACUGAGCGACGGCAGCUUUUUGAGGAAUACAUAAUCGAGCUCAAGAAGGGUAACAUCGAACGGGAGGCUAUUACGCGGAAAUCUGCCAUGGACGAGCUUGUAGGGUUGCUAAAGGCACUCAAUUUGGAGCCGUACACAAGAUGGUCUGAAGCGCAGGAGGUCAUUGAGUCCAAUGAGACAUUCCAAGCUGACGUUAAGUUCAAGACCCUUAGCAAGUCGGACAUUUUGACAGCUUUCGAGAACCACAUCAAGGCUCUUGAACGUACCUUCAACGACGAGCGCCAGCGUGAGAAGAACUCGAAACAGAGAAGGGAGCGUCAGAACAGAGACCGUUAUCUGGAUCUGCUUCUAGAGCUCAAGGCAGCCGGGAAGAUCAAGGCAGGGACGAAAUGGAUGGAAAUCCUCCCACAAGUCCAUGAGGAUCCUAGGUAUGUAGCUAUGCUGGGUCAACCCGGAUCAACCCCCCUAGAUCUCUUCUGGGACAUGGUCGAAGAAGAAGAGCGAGCCCUCCGCUCAAUACGAAACGAUGUCUACGAUGUCCUCGAAGACAAGCGUUACGAAAUCACUCCUAAAACCACUUCCCAAGACUUCCUGGAUGUUAUGUCUACAGACCGCCGUACUACUACCAUUUCUCCGGAUACUCUCAAUCUCAUCUUCAAUCGUCUCCUCGAAAAGGUCUUACGACGCACCGAAGACGACAAACAUGCCUCCGAGCGGCAACAGCGCCGCCUCAUCGAUGCCCUUCGAUCCAGAAUCAAACACCUCGACAAACCCGUAAUCACCUCUAGCACAAACUGGGACUCCAUUCGCCCACCACAUUUCCCACUUUGA